UAAAAUAUAGAUGCAUUGUCUGAAAAGUUGAGAAAUAUGACAGGAAUCACGUUCGAAGGAGAAACAGAUUGUUUGACGCCACGUCGACAAGAAUUAGUGAAGGAAGUGUUACAAAAGAAGAAUAUAAAGAGUAGUAAAGUUCGAGUAAAUACACUUGGAAAAGCUGGAGAUAACUAUGUUGCUGAUGUAAAGAAGAUUACGGCAGAACUGGAAAAUGGAGAAGCAUUCAAUAUGAUAGCAAAGAUUGCGACAAAUAAUGAAAUAACUAGAACAUUAAUGGGAACAGUCAUGCUUUUUGAAAACGAGUGCAUCAUAUACAAUGAGGUAUUUCCAAAAUUCGUUGACUUACAAACUACUGCAGGAUUAUCAGAAGAUCAAUUUUUCCGCUUUCCUGAAUGCUAUGGGACUUUAAUGGAGCCAUUUAAUGAAAUCAUACUAUUGGAGGACCUGAAAGAUUCAAAUUUUGAAAUGCUCGAUCGGUUCACGCCGCUUACAAAUGAAAACGUCAAAUUGAUUCUGAAGAAUUUUGCUAUAUAUCAUUCCUUGUCAUUUGUGUUGAAAAAGCAAGACCCUGAUACAUUCGAUUCAUUUAACGACAAAUUGAAAGAUUUUUAUUCAUGGGUGGGUAACGAUCCACAAUCGCAAUACUAUUUUGAAAGCCUUGAGACAGACACGUUGGCCAUAUUGGAUAGUGACAAUUACAAAAAAGCUAUUCGUGGCUCGGUUUCUCUAUUACCUGAACAUUCAGCGAAAGUAAUUAAGAACGAGCCAAAUUCAAGAUAUUCUAUUAUCACACACGGCGAUGGUUGGACUAAUAACAUAAUGUUUAGCUUCAAGGACAACGUUCCCGUGCAGGCCAUUUUGAUCGAUUAUCAAUUAAGUAAAGUGGGGAAUCCUGUGGAUGACCUGCAAUACAUGAUAUUUAGUUCAACAGAUCACAGUACAAGAAAGAAGCACUAUUAUGAAUGGAUAGAUUACUAUCACUCAGAGCUGGACAAUUCUCUGGCUAAUUUUGGUUUGAAAGCAAAUUACGUUUAUCCAAGGGACAAACUAGAUGCAGACUUACGGAGAUAUUCCAAAAUUUAUCUGGCGAUGUCAGUAUUACUGAACACAAUGUUGAUAAGAAAAUCAGAAGAUGCCGCUGCAAUGAAGGAAAAAAUGGAGAAUGGAAUGGAAAAUCCUGAGGACAUAAAAGAGCUGACAGUAGCAGUGCAAGUGUCUCUUUUGGACAACGAAACUGUUGCUCUGUUCAAAAGGAAGAUUGAGGAUUUGGUUGAUAGUUAUCGUGAGUUUGGUUACAUUGAUUAAGAUAGUCGCACAAAUUUUUGAAAUAAUAACUUAAUAAAAAGUAAGAGUGUGUUUAUUGAACGCUCUAGGCCGAGCUAUACAGGGUUACUGGUAUCUGACGCAUAACUUUCCAAAGACGCAUAAGGUACAUAGAGACUGACAUCUUUUGUUCUACGACUUUUGUCUAAUCGUAAUAAAUACAAAAAAAAAUCCUUUUUUUAUUUUAACUCUAUGUUCGAUUCCGCUACAUAACGCUACUGUACUGUCUCGUAUUGCUUGGCUAUUACAUAGAGUUAUGAUGUGUAGAAUCGCAAAGUAGAUUGUAUUUUUUUUAUACUAAAAAAACUACGAAUCCCAAAAAGUCGUAGAAUAAAAGUGGCUUGUUUUGAUGUACCCAAUUAGUCUUUAGGAGGUUUUACGUUUGACACCAGUAAACCCUGUAUAUGAGAUGGAUUUGAAAUUUUCAUUGAAUAAUUGCUCAUAAAUUGCAAUGUAUUUACUUGGGAUCCUUUUUUUAUAAUUAAUAAAUAUAUACAUAAAUUUUUUAUCAUAAUUUAAUUUAGCAUAACGAAUUAUGAAAAAGAUAUGCCAAAAAAAAGUAUAAAACUUUUUUUUGGCAUACCUUUUUAAUAAGCAUAAUCAUAGUUUAGGCUAAUGUAUUUUACCAUAAUUUUGAUUUGCAUAAAGCUAUAG